UGAGUCUUUGGACUGAGACGUUGUGUUUGGUCUUCUGGACUUUGAAGGAGGCGGAUAAGACAGUCUAACGAGGCCUCUCUUCAUCUUGUCCCCCGCGGUGACACAGACACUGUCUCAUCAGGAGCUUUGAAUCUGGACAUGCUGACAGAAGAGAGUGAAUCAAACAAUCCGGUCUGACAAGGACCUGGAUCCUCCUGUGAAGAACCCGACCACGAGGUCCCGCAGGGGGUCAGUGUCGUGUUGUUUCCAUCGUGUGUUUAAUGGUGGUGUCUUGUUCAAUAGGACGACCAAUUAAAGUCCAGGAUUUCAUCCGGAGGCUGGCAGACUGAGACUCAGCUGGACCUCCUUCAAACUGUCGGACGUCUUCACAUCAGACCCACCUGAGAGAAUCUGGACUGAUUUUACCAGAAAAUAUUUGGAGAAAAAAUUAAAGUUGGAAUCAAGUUAAAAUCAGGAAUUCAGUUUGUGGCUGUUUGGUGCCUUGAAGACACGACUGAGGGCAACAGGAACACACCAGCUGCGGCGUGCUGAGACCUGAUUGUGUGCGUGUGUGUGUGUGUGUGCGUGUGUGUGUGUGAGAUAAAAAGCUUCCUGUCACUCAGGUGAAGCUUCACUCUGAUCGGCUGCAGUUCCAUGUAAAGCGGGAUCAGGUGAUCUGGACCUUCUCCUUCACUUUGUGCUCCCUCAGAAACAAAACCAGUUCAACAGUGAAUCCAGGAAGAUGAGCUCGGAGCGGCAGGGGGAUUCAGAGCUCCAGCAGAUCCUGGUUCAGGUGUCUGACCUGCAGCGCUCGAGGCUGAAGUCCAAACAUGAGCUCAGACUGGUGGAUGUGGGGAAGGAGGAGGAGCAGGAGGAGGCUCCUCCACCCUGCAGGAACCUCCCACAAGUCUGCUCCAUCCCCAGGAGACUGGUCAUCUCCCCGGGCCUCGGAGGAGCACCAGUCACCCCUCAGCUGACGGAGAGCCUGCGCAGAGUUUUGUUCGGAGGAACGUUUCACGUCUUCAGCUACGAGUGGAGGAAGUCUUUCUUUCAGUUCAGAGAGCCGGACUCGGAGCUGUCCUACGCCCUGGAGACUGACAAGGGCGGGGCUCGGGCCAUUCAGAUGGUCGUCCAGGCUCGUAUCAUUAAAUACCUGCUGUUCAUCCGCCAGAGCGGCUCGGACCUGCGCAGUCUGUGUGACGCAGGACUGAGGGACCAGGACAGGGCGUUGGCGGCAGCCUUGUCUGACAGCCUCUGGUUGGCCGGCCAGGAGGUCAGUGCCACCGUUACCUUGGUAACCGAAGACUACUGCAUCACGCCGCACCUGGACUACAAGCUGGACAACUUCACAGAGAGGCUGCAGCUGUUCACGUUCAGCAAGAAAGAAGACGUCAGGAAGUUCAUCCUGGAGCACAUACAGUGUUUUAAAGAGGAGGGGAGCCACGGAGUCAUCCUGUUCCUGUACAGCCUCAUCUGCUCCCGCACGGUCGACAGGCUGAAGGAGGAUCUGGACUCCAGCACGUCCCACCUGCUGCACCUCAGCCUGGGGAACUUCGUCUGUCGUCAGGCCCUGCUGAACCUGCUGCUGACCGGCAGGGCCUGUCCCAACGUCUUCAACGGGACCGUGUGCUUUGGGGAGGACGGCCGGCCUCUGGAGCGCCCCCUGCAGGGCGUCCUGUCUCGCAGCGACGUGGGAUAUCUUCACUGGAGCCGAGAGCAGAUGGAGAGAGGCAGACUGCCACUGGUGGGCAGCAUGCUGAAGACCCCCAGGUUUCCGGUGUGGCUCUGCUGCAUCAACGGCAGCUACUCGGUGGUGUUCAGUGUGAACCGCUCGCUGCUGUCCGACUGGAAGAUGGAGCACAUGUUCCACCUGUACUACUACAACGGCCAGAAGUCGCAGCAGACCACAGCCAGACUGACUGUAGACACUCACUCUCACCACUGGGAGGCGUCGUCCACAGACUCCGACGGAGACCCAGAGAAAAGGUUUCCUUCGCUGGAGAUGACCAUCAGGACCAAGUGGGAGGGGGCCGUGAUAGACUGGAACGACACGUUACCUUUCUACUGAACACCUGACAGGAAGCCGAUUGUUCGCGACGAUGUGACGAUGAUGAAGAGGCCCGCAGCAGCAGAACCGGAUCUCCUCUGGUUUUCAGUGUUUGUUUGUCGUUUAGAUAAAUUUAAUACUUUUAAGACCAAAAAUAAAUUGAAGACUCAGUCAUAA